GUCGGGAGGGCUGCACGUUUCGGUCGCUCGCAACCUCUCCGUUCCGUAACUUCGCGUAAAUAAUAUAAAAAGUUUUGUUUCUUUUUUUUUAUCCAUUUGUUAAUUGAAUAUUGAUAUCGUGUCGUUUGUGUGAUAAGUUCAGUUAGUGUGUGCUCAAGUAUUGUGUUGUGUUUUGUUUUAUUUGUGUUAUUAUUACUGUUUUGUUUUUGAAUAAAUUAUAAGCGAUGGCUGAAAACGACGAGGAAAAUAUUGAAGAGGAGGAAGGCACAGAGUUGGAGCUUGAGGCUCUGUACCGACGAUACUGCGUCAGGCUCAAGCAUUCACUGUUUGUGUCGGCGCUGUGUGUGACCAUUGUAUGCAGUCUCGCGCUGCUGAUAGCUGUGUGCAUAUUGUACGCUAAUAAUAUAUCUUCACAAGUGACGUUAAUAGCGACGUUAUCGGUGAUUGCGUUCGUGCUGUCAAUAGUGCUGGCUCUGGCGCUACUACCUGCGGCGCCAGAAUGGGAGGCGCUGGCGCUAGCUGGCUCCGUGCUAGUUACAGUGUGUUUGGGCACUGGCACACUAAUGGCCACGCAUCAUGCGCCGUUGCCGCUCUUUGCACUGAUACUGAUGGUUCAUACAAUGAUGCCGAUAGCACGCUCCAUAUCCCUGGGCAUGUCAGUGAUUCUGACCUUGGCUUACCUGGGCCUGGCCCUGGGACUCGGGCCUAAUGUAGAAGAGAGCCUGUUCUACCAACAGUUGGUCUGCGAGCUGGCGCUCCUUCUCUCCGCAUCCGGGAUUGGAGUAUACUACCGGGCUUUAACGGAGCGAGCCCACAGGAACACUUUCGCUGGCACCAGGACUUGUUUGGAGCAACGGGUCAAGCUGGAAUGCGAGAGGGAGGCGCAGGAGAGACUCCUGCUGUCAGUUAUACCUGCUUACAUCGCUGCUGAGGUGAAACGAUCCAUCAUGCUCAAGAUGGCCGACGCGUGCGCUGACAGCUCGAAGCAGACCAGAUUUCACGAGAUGCACGUCCAGAGGCACAACAACGUUAGCAUCUUGUACGCGGACAUAGUCAACUUCACACCGCUCUCGGAGAGGCUUAGCGCUUCCGAUCUCGUGAAAACUCUCAACGAACUCUUCGGAAGAUUCGAUCAAAUCGCCCAGGAGAACCAGUGUAUGCGCAUCAAGAUCCUGGGGGACUGUUACUACUGCGUGUCAGGGUUGCCGGUGUCGAGGCCCAACCACGCGUACAACUGCGUGAACAUGGGCCUGCAGAUGAUCGACGCUAUCAGGUUUGUCCGGGAAGCGACCGGGUUCAACGUGGACAUGCGCAUCGGGAUACACACCGGCAACGUGCUGUGCGGCGUGCUCGGCCUCAGGAAGUGGCAGUUCGACGUGUGGAGCGAUGACGUCACCCUCGCCAACCACAUGGAGUCUGGAGGAAUCGCUGGACGAGUGCAUAUCACGAAAGCUACACUGCUGCAGCUCGGUGGAAGGUUCGAAGUGGAGCCAGGAGACGGAGGCUCCAGGGAGGGCUACCUGGCCGACCAUAAAGUGGAAACCUAUCUUAUUGUGCCGCCUAAGAAACCUGGCAUCUCAGAAAACGGUCGGCUAUCAGUGUGCACAGUGGACCGCAAAGCCAGCAUAGUAUCCUCCAUCUACCAGGACGUCUCGCCCACCAAGCAUAAGAACAGCAUCAGCCCUGCACCAUCGCAGCACAGCUUCGUGGACGAAGGACCUAAGGUGUUAAGGACUGAAUCAAUGAGGACUACAGGUCCUGCAGGACCUAAGGUGUUGAGAGCUGAAUCCAUGAGAACUCCAAGUCCUGGAGAUUUAAGCAGAAGAGCUUCAGUAAAAAUAGACGGGCCAAAAACAGUAGCGUUUGAUCCUAACAAUACAGCCACGAGUCCUGGUGAUGGGAUCAAUAAUGGCGCUGUGGUUACUGCUAAGCCCAAAAGUCGCAGCGGCUCGAUUAUAGGAGCAAUUAGUCCGAUUAUGGGAACAGCAACUCCCGGUGUGCCUACAAGGUCUCGCCCGUCAAGUAAAAUGACAAAAUACGUUGAAUGUUGGGGAGCUGAUAAACCUUUUGCCAACAUCACAGAUUCAACUCUCGCCAAGAACAUCGGAAUAUCAAGUUUAGCAAUGAUAGAACAGAACUUAUUACCGCAAAGGACAACGUGUUGUGAUUGCAGCAACAACGCAGAAGGCAUGAACCCUGUGACGCUGUGGUUCAGUAACGGACGGCAAGAGCGCCGCUACCGCACGCUGCCCGACCCGCACUUCAAGUACAACGUUGCGUGUGCCGCUGCGAUAUUCUUACUCCUAGCCGGGAUACAACUGCUGACUGUCCACAAGGGCGUGGUGUUGUUCGCGUCGUUCGGUCCUACGCUGGUGACGCUGGGAGUGUUCGUGCACGUGUCCUGGUGCGGCGCGCGCGCUCUCAGCUCCGCCACGCUGCUGGGUGAUGACUGCAAUAAGCCCGCUCAGGUGGUGUCCAACAGUCGAAUCAUCAGGCUGACGAUAUUCUUCGUGACAGUUGUUCUGAUCGCCGCCUGUGCCGUCAUCAAUUUGUUUCAGCCAACCGUCGUGGAUGACAUAUCUAUUAUGGAAACGCGCAACAUAUCGGAUCGGUGGAACAGCACCGACGAUGCUUUAUAUUCAACAGCCUCUGAUGUAUCUCCUAGUUACCUCUACAGUUCAGUAUUGACCUUGGCUUCCAUCUCCGUGUUCUUCCGAGUGGGGUUUGUGCUGAAACUGGUGAUGAUGGCAGCCACUCUUAUCGCCCAUAUAACGCUCUACGCCCGCGCUGAUAUCCACUACCAGGAGGCCGGAGAAUUCAGUAUGUUGCCGUACGCAGCUCGGGCCGGCAUAGCGUUGGCACUCGUCGCCGCUCUCUUACUGGUCUUAGGGCGACAGAUAGAAUUCACGUCUCGAAGUGACUGCCUUUGGAAAGAUAAACUGAAGUUGGAGCAAGAAGAGGUGGAAACUAUGAGAGGCAUCAACAAGAUUCUUCUAGAAAAUAUACUGCCAGCUCACGUAGCGGAGCAUUUUCUGACUUCAGUCGCUUCAGAGGAAGACUUGUACCACGAGCGUUACUCGAGCAUCGCGGUGAUGUUUGCUUCAAUACCAAACUACAAGGAAUUCUACGACGAAACGGACGUCAACAAACAAGGGCUCGAAUGUCUGAGGCUGCUCAAUGAGAUCAUCUGUGACUUCGACAAGCUACUACUAAAGCCGAAAUUCAGCUGCAUAGAGAAGAUUAAAACUAUAGGGAGCACUUAUAUGAUCGCGUCUGGAUUGAGACCUGGAAAAGAAGAGAAACUGGAUGCAAAUCGAAAAGAAGAGCACACAGUUGCGAUAUUAGUAGAAUUCGCAGUGGCGCUUAUGGCGAUCCUCGACCAGAUAAACAGGGAGUCUUUCCAGAGAUUCAAGCUCAGAAUUGGCCUGAGCCACGGUCCCGUAAUAGCUGGUGUAGUAGGCGCCCAGAAGCCUCAAUACGACAUCUGGGGGAACACCGUCAACGUCGCCUCGCGGAUGGACUCCACCGGCCUCAUGGGCCGCGUGCACGUCACCGGCGACACUGCCAAGGUGUUAAUGAACGCUGGCUACACGUGUGAAUGUCGAGGCCCCACCUUCGUGAAAGGAAAAGGCAACCUCAUCACUUACUUUGUGAAAACACCAGAUAAAGUUUAAAAAUCGAUAACGGGAUGGAAAAAAGGUAGGUCGGUACUUAGCGGCUCAGAUUUAAAGAAUGAAAGAAAACAAAAAAAGAAAAUAGCUUAUUUCUUUUGUUCUGUAAUCUAAAGUUAGCUAGACAUUGAUCCAAAUCCUUACGCAUAGUUUCUGUUUUAAAUUCUGUGAUGGAUAAUAAAAUCGUUUUAUUAUCGAUUUAGUUGACUACUUCCAUUUUUUCCAUGGACGACUCAGCCCUUAAUUGUUGUGGCCAGUGCCCAGGGUGUUGAUGAACGCUGGCUACACGUGUGAAUAUCGAGGCCCAACCUUCGUGAAAGGAAAAGCCAACCUCAUCAUUUACUUUGUGAAAACACCAGAUUAAGUUUAAAAAUCGAUAACGGGAUGGAAAAAAGGUAGGUCGGUACUUAGCGGCUCAGAUUUAUAGAAUGAAAGAAAACAAAAAAAGAAAAUAGCUAAUUUCUUUUGUUCUGUAAUCUAAAGUUAGCUGGAUAUUGAUCCAAAUCCUUACACAUAGUUUCUGUUUUAAUUUCUGUGAUGGAUAAUAAAAUCGAGUUAUUAUCGAUUUAGUUGACUACUUCCAUUUUUUCCAUGGACGACUCAGCCCUUAAUUGUUUAAGUUUAACAGCCGUUAUUAGAAACAUCCAAUUAAUGUUUCAUUAAGUUACGUUGAAGAUGUUAAAUAUUGCCAUAAUGAGAUUUUGUUAAGAUAUGUUUGGAUUGAAUAUGUCUUGCCACAAAGUAAUGCUCAAAGAAUGCUAUUUGUUUAUCGUUAAUCAAUUAACACUAUUUAAAAACCAAAUAAUUAUGUAUUAAAUUUCUAUGUGUGUUAAAAUCAUCAUCAUCAUCAUCAUUAUCACCAACAUCCUAUCUUAGUCCACUGCUGGACAUAGGCCUCUCCAAAUGCAGUUAAAAUCUUUUAUUUUGUAUAUUAAGAUUUUAUUUUAGUUUUCAUUUCCACUUUAUUUUGUGAGUAAUGUAGAUCGGUAGAAAUUAAUUUAUCGUGUCAUGACAGAGUAUUGUUGGUGAACUAAUUAAAUCAUUGUUAUUUUAAUACUUCAACAUUCUGAGGCCUAAUAUUGUUAUUAUAGAAGAGAAAAGUGUAAAUAUUUUAAGAAAAUUUAAUAUUCAUUUUAUCAAUAGACACUCAAAAAAGAUUUGCAAUUGAAACACAAUUUUCAAUUAAAAAAAUGUGAUUAUUAAGACCAAAGUUAUGAAAAAAACUAGGCUAUCUAUUCACUGUGGCAAAAUAAUCAAAUAAAAAAAAUAAAACGCAAAUGUUAGAAGAUAUUAAACUACUUGGUCGUCACUGAAAGCUUUAUAUUGAGAUAGCACUUCCGUUUCCCGUCGAAUUACCAUACCAUAGCACCAUUUUACCCAAAAUAAAAUGCAUAUUAAAAUUCUUACCUCACUGAAAGCUUUCACUUUAAAUGCUGCCUGGUGAAAUAAUUAAGCCAAUGAGCUAAAAUGGCGCUCUCAAAACUUAGAAAAACAAAAAUGGCCGCGCUUCUGCCAGGUGUCGCCACUGGACCGGAUCCUUUUAUAAUAAUAGUACGGAAACUGCUGGUAAUUCGACGGGAAACGGAAUUGCUAUCUCAAUAUGAAGCUUUCAGUAAUUUUAUUUUAGAUAAAAUGCUGCUAUUUAUUGUUUUGUAAAUUAAUAUAUUUAAAAAUAAACGUAAUAAUUUAAGCUUAGAUAAUAGGAAAUUAUCAUUGAAAUAUUCGAUGGUGUAUCACACAAAUAGAUUAUUUAAAUAUUUUGUAAAUAUAAUUUAAUGUAAGUGUAAUUUGUUUUUCUUAAUAAAACCCUUAAUGCUUUAAAGCAUGAUUUAAAAUGCUUGAUUUAUAUAUGUUACAUUAUGUAAAAUAUAAUUUUAAGAAUUAAUUUAUUGUUUUUUAAUGCUGAUUCACAUUGAUCCAACAGUUUAAUCCAAUGAUAGGUACUAGAUGUCUAGUACGCCUGAAUCACACCUCACAUGUCAAAUAGACCAGGGCCGAUAAUUUUAAAAACGGUAAAAAGUGAAAAAAAAUAUAGUAGGAUCAAACCCAAAUCAAAUCAAAUCAGAAAAGGUAGAGAAUAUAACAAAAUGAAAGGAAAAAUAAAUUACGGGCGAUCUGAGGUCGGGAAGGGGGAGGGGGUGAGUUUUUAAGCGUAAAAAACGGUUAAUCUCGAUUUCCGGUAAAACUGCAAGCCCUAUGAAAAAAAGUUAAACGGCGAAGUUGUAGGUAAUAAAAAGAUCUACAACUUAUGUACCGACACUUUUAUCACAUAACCUCAAAAUUUAUGUGAACAAUUCGAAUAACCGAGUUUUUGGUUUAUUAUUUUUAUUUUUUGCAAAAGAAAUAUUAUUGCACGAAAUUUAGUGAAAACUUACCUUUGUAUGUAAUUUUAACAUACAGUAAUUUUUUUGAUUUAAAAUAUUCAUUUUUUCACCUUAUUUUGACUUACUAUUGAAAAAGCACCCUAAUUUGCAAUCGAAAAUGCUCACGUCAAAAUAUCUGCUUUUUUAAAAAAGUUGGUGUGUUUUUUGUUUGUUAAAAUCUCUACUUUCUGAUGGUAUAAAAAAUAUAUACUACUAAAUAAAUGUUUUCAGAAGCUGCAAAUUAAUAAUGAAAAAAAAUCGAAUCCAAAAUUUUUUUUUUUAAUCAUUAUAUAUAAUUUUGAGCUAUUUAUUAAUAUAUAUAUUAUUAUUAUUAUUAUUAUAACAACCAACCUACUAUAAUUUUUUUGGUCUCAAAAAUUACCGACCCUGGGCUAAAAAUUCCUCAAGUCGUUCAGGCAAUAUGGCGUGAAAAAAUUGACAUAAUUAUAUACAUAGAUCUUACAUAUUAUAUAUCUACUCUCGUAAAACAUUUCCCAACGCAGUGGGGUAAAAUAUGCAUAAACUAAAAUAAUUGAACACAAUUUCGUUUUAAGAGGUCAUGAUAUGCGUAAUAUUUAAUAAUGAAUGCGAUUAAACAAGAAAUUGUUUGAUCAGCAACAUUUGUUGCUUGUGCUGACAAACCAAAUGGUUUGUCAGCACAAGUCAUUCGUAAAAUAUAUAUUUAUGAUUAGCUAUUCUUAUAUUAAUUACUAGUGAAAGUGUGAUUUGUAACACAGGAAAUCAGCCUUUACAAAGUUUAUAUAUUAAGUUAAGUUAUAUUUUAAGUUUCUAUUGUGUAACUUAAUUGUAAUGGUGCUAAAUUUAUCCGGAAAUGCAUAUCCCACUAUAAGCAUAAUAAUCUUUUCAUUAUUUUUGUUAUUUAACAUGAUUAAAAAAUAUAUCACUUCUGGGUGUGCCUAAAAAUUUUGUAAAUAUGAAAUAACUUUUUCAAAAUUCAAAGUAUCAAAAAUAAAUUAAAUUGCGAAACGCUACCUAAUUUAAGUUUUGCCUUUUUUGUAACGUAUGUAACGUGUAACGUAACGUAUGUCAAAAUAAAGCAAUUAAAUCGAAAUUAAUUACGUACUGAAAUAAUCAUGAACAAGUGAUACAAAGGUGUUAAAUUACAGUGAAUCAUGCACAGAUUUUUUAAGAAGAAUUUACCAGUUUUCAAACAUGUGUCAAUGGUUGGUGAGUCCCUUGCCAAAAGUUACUGUAGUUAUAAAAUUGCAUUUAAGAUAGUAAUAAAAUAAUUAUUUUGGAUUCUUAAUACUCUACUCAAAGUAAUAGGUAAUUUAAAUGUGUGCUCAUAAUUUUAGAUGGUGAUUAUUAACUUUAGUAUGUGGUAGAUGAUCUAAUAAAUGUAGUAACUACGAAAAUACUCUGUGAAAAUUUUAAUAAAUUAUAGUUGUGGCUGUAUAGUAUUGAAUCCUACGGUCUAAAAGAUUUUAUUUUAAAAAAGAAUAAUAUAUUUGAAUAAAACAUAUUUGUGUAGUUAUUUGUUUUUCG